CAUGAAGCCGGGAGCCACGGCCGCGCCGGACGGCGGGCAGCAGCCAGAGGACGAGACGGAGCAGCCCCUGCCCCGGAGACACCCGGACGCCGAGCAGCCGCCGCCGCUGCCACUGGAGCUUGGGCGGCAGCGGGCAGGCUCGGAGGAGGAGGAGGAAGAGAAAGAGGAGGAGGAGGAAGGCGACAACCACCCAGAGGAGGAAGAGGAGAGGAGGGCGAGGCCGCAGGCUCUUCGGGACCUGCCCUUCUCCUGGCCUUUGCCCCUCGCCCGAAGGGGCCUUUGAUGGAGCCCAGGGGAAGGGACCUCGGAUUGACAGCCUGCAGUAUAGAUGGGCGGAGGACUGAGGCCAUGUAACGAUUUCCUUCCGUCUGCCCUUCCUAUACGACCCUCUUCUCUACCCGCCCCCACCCUUUCUACUCCCAUUUUGCCCCCACCCCCCGAGGAUCUUAAAGCUCAGGAAGGAGACAGCUCUGCAAGGGUUAAGUGAUCUUUUCUGGGGUACCGCCCCCCCCUUCCUUCCUUGCCUCCAGUCCCUUGCUUUUUCCACUUCUCAUUCGCUUUCCCCUCUUCUCAGGGGCCCUUUGGCUGCCCCACAAAGCACAAACUCCUUGCCCAAUUUUCCCUGCAACCACCUCCCAGUGCCCCUCCACACCCAACUACUCUCUUAGAAGAACUCUGGUGCUACUGGGGUCCACUGCCCCAGUUUUCUGUCCAAGAGAGUUAAAACUUCACCCAGCUUUGCUCCCCCCACUCCCCGCCCCACCCCCACAACCCACAACCAAAUUCUUACUCUUUGUGGAACUCUCCUUUCUCACACAUGCUCUCCCCAAUUCUUCACUGAGCUAGUUUGUCCUAGGCCCAGCUCAAUCCACCCAAGAUAUGAUUUAUAGUCUUAUUCGCCCUCCCCCUUUCAGAGAUUUAAAAAAAAAGAGAUUUCCCACGGCCUAGGAAUUUGAGGCGAGUCUAAUAAUUUCCUAGCCAACCUCUCCUCCUGGGGAACUCUCUAACCAUUAAAUCUUGAUCUCACAGUCCUUCAUAGCUCAUUUCUAAUACUCCGCUCCCCCUGCCCCUACCAGAGCCCCCAGGUCAGCGAGGGAAAGGAACCCCCCUGAGCAGGUCUGAGGUGGGGGUGGGGGGAGUGGGCAAGAGUAACUUUUGGCUGCUUGGCCUUCGGCUAGAGUUCAGAAUCAGAGACUCCGGCUCAGUGGUGGGGGCCGGGCCGUUGGUGUGCUUAGAGGGGGGCCCCCCGAAGAGCAGGGCCCGUGGGAAAGCAGGGUGCCCUCUGAACACAGGAACCGUGCCAGCCUCCAAAGCCUCCUCUGUAAAGACUCCAGCUGCCCCGCCUGGGCGCUCGGCCUCCGCUGGGCACAUGCUGAUGCCCCUGCGUGGGCUGCUCUGGCUGUGGUGGUCCUGUUGCAGCUGUGGACUCUGUGCCCCGGGCCCCCAGAUGUCGCGCCACCAGGGUCUCCUCAAGUGCCGCUGCCGCAUGCUCUUCAAUGACCUGAAGGUUUUCCUGCUGCGGCGCCCCCCGCCAGCCCCCCUGCCCAUGCACGGAGACCCCCAGCCCCCUGGUUUGGCGGCCAACAACAACACCCUUCAGGCUCUGGGUGCCGGGGGGUGGGCAGGCUGGAGAGGCCCUGGAGAGGGGGUUGUCAGAGAGACCCCUCCGCUGCCGCCUCCACCACCUUUGCCACCUUCUGUGGAAGAUGACUGGGGUGACCCAGCCACUGGACCCCUGGCCUCCCCGCUCAGCCCUGCUUCCUCGGACGACUUCUUCGGAAAGGGGAAGGCUGAGGAUUGCUACUCCCUGGGCAGCAGUCUGGACAGUGGAAUGAGGACCCCUCUUUGCCGGAUCUGCUUCCAGGGCCCAGAGCAGGGCGAGCUGCUGAGCCCGUGCCGCUGCGACGGGUCGGUCAAGUGCACGCACCAGCCGUGCCUCAUCAAGUGGAUCAGCGAGCGCGGCUGCUGGAGCUGCGAGCUGUGCUACUACAAGUACCACGUCAUCGCCAUAAGCACAAAGAACCCUCUACAGUGGCAGUCCAUCUCUCUGACAGUCAUUGAGAAGGUGCAGAUUGCGGCCGCCAUCUUGGGUUCUCUCUUCCUCAUCGCCAGCAUCUCUUGGCUCAUCUGGUCCACCUUCAGCCCCUCGGCAAAGUGGCAGCGCCAAGAUCUCCUCUUCCAGAUCUGCUACGGGAUGUACGGCUUCAUGGACGUGGUGUGCAUAGGCCUCAUCAUCCACGAGGGACCCUCUGUGUACCGCAUCUUUAAACGGUGGCAGGCUGUCAACCAGCAGUGGAAAGUGCUGAACUAUGACAAGGCCAAAGACCUGGAGGACCAACCGUCAGGAGGCAGGGCCAACCCCCAGACGUCCUCAUCCACCCAGGCCAAUGGGCCCACCGAGGAGCAGGAGGAGACUGUGGACAGCCCUGCGCCCGAGGAAGGGCCCGCCAGGGCUGCCAGUCACCCCUCAGGCCCUCUGUCCGAUCACCACUGUGCUUACACCCUCCUACACAUCUUGAGUCACUUAAGACCUCAUGAACAGCGGGGCCCCGGAGGCAGCCGAGAGCUCGUCAUGAGGGUCACUACCGUGUGAGAAGACGUCUGGCAGGAAGUCCUUAACCACGCACGGAGAAGGGCCCCGAUCUGGGCGUGGGUGGGGAAGCCUCAGGACACCUGUGGGGAUCAGGUGUGGGGAGGGGGGUGGUGCCCCUGAGGGCAGGGUUUGAGCUAGAGCCAGACUGGCACAGGGGACAACUUUGUGAUGUGCAGUUCGUCGAUAGUGUAGACCAUACUACCCUCCCCUGGCCACAAAGCCCAAACCCCAGCUCCACAACAAGUGCAAUAUAGACCGGCUCUCAAAACAGAGACAGCCCCGGGCACCCACACAGCCCCCAGAGGAGCAGCCAUUGGGGUGGGCGAGGCAGGGGUGUCUACGGUUGCAGGCCUGGGGUGCUGCCUGCCGGGGGUGCACACGUGCUGGGAGAGGAAGUGGAGAAAGGAAGGGUGAGGGUUGCUAGACUGCUUCCGCCUGGAGUGUGCUGGCCGCUGCCCAGGCUGCCCCCACGCAGGCAGUGGGGCGGGAGCUGGCUGGGGUGCUCACAGCGCUGGCAGCCUCCGGGUUUCUCUGAAAUGUUCGUUAAGCCCACCUGAGCAGCUUAGGGUCUCUUGGGGUGAGGGUGGCAAGGGAAACGCUGCUGGGACUGGCCCGUGGGGUUGGGGUUGGGGGGCUUUUCUCCCCACUCCUAAACCCUCCCGAAGGGGAACUCCUGAUUUCACAUGAUUCUAAGGAGGACCUGGGUGUGAAAGUGAAUAACCUUUUUGUGCCCCCAUUGCUUUGUUUUAUGGUGAUUUGACUCUUGA